CAAAUUUCCUACUUUUUCUUUCUCCUCUUUGACCUACUAUAUAUUCUCUAAUUUCCUUGUUCAUCUUCCCCUUCUUCAAUUCCCAUUUCACUUUUUCAUUGGAUCUCUUCUUUUUGUUUUUUUGUGACGUUUUGUGGCGUUUAAUAAUUGAGGGACAACUUCAAGGCCUAACUUAGCUAGUUACACUGAUAAUAAUGUUGCCAUCUGAAAAUCCUUCUCCUAGGAAGGCAUUCAAGAAACUAAGAAAUUCCUUUCAUUUGAUCAAAUCCCAAGUUGGCUUUCAUCAUUGUAAAUGGUUUUUCCUCAUCAUUCUCAUCCAAGUCACCUUCAUUCUUUUCCUAGCCGGAACCUCUCCUCUCGCCACUCCACUCCAACACCAGCACCAGCACCAACAUCAGAAGCGUUUCCAAAUCUCGAUACCUCACAAACAGAACAAAGAUGACCAAUUGCCUCAUAGAAUUCACCAAAAGAAACAGAGUAGGGACCAAGUGCAAAAUUUGCAAGAUUCAAAACCCGAAAACGACCAGCAGAAACAAAGCAAGGACCAAAUACAAAACUUGCAAGAUUUGAAGCCUAAAAAUGACCAGCCACAACAGUUGGUACAAGUUCAGGAACCCUAUGAUGAGUGUGAAUCCGGGAGAGUUUACGUAUACGAUCUUCCAACAAAGUUUAACAAGGAUCUUUUAAGCAACUGUCAUGAUUUAGACCCAUGGAGUUCACGAUGCAACGCGGUGUCAAAUGGCGGUCUUGGCCCAAAAGCAACUGGACUUGACUUGAUCGUGCCUGAAAAUCUUCGCUCUGCUUGGUACUGGACAGACAUGUACUCAGCUGAAGUAAUUUACCAUGAAAGGAUUUCGAACUACAAGUGCAGAACAUUGGACCCUCAAAAUGCUACUGCAUUUUACAUCCCGUUUUAUGCCGGACUUGCUAUUGGUAAGAUAUUAUGGUUCACCACGGCGAAAGAACGAGAUCAGCCUAGUGAACGGAUGCUAGAGUGGGUUAAAGAUCAACCAUAUUGGAAUCGAAAUAAUGGGUCGGAUCAUUUUCUGAUGCUUGGUAGAUUGACAUGGGCAUUUCGAAGAAAAACUGAUGAUGAUUCUGAUUGGGGCACGAGUUUUCUCCGAAUGCCAUUGAUGAAAAAUGUACUGCGUUUAUCAGUUGAAAAGAAUCCGUGGGAUGAUUUAGAGGUAAGUGUUCCUUAUCCUACAGCUUUUCACCCUCAGUUCGAAUUAGAGAUCAAACAAUGGCAAGAUCUUGUGAGGUCUCGUCAUCGUUCUAGCCAUUUUUGCUUCGUGGGAGCUGUUAGGAAGAAGAUCCAGAACGACUUCAGAGAAGUGUUAAUGAAUUACUGCAAGAACGAGACAGGCUCUUGCAAGGUGGUGGAUUGUUCCGUUGCGCAUUGUUAUGACGGAGCACCUGCGAUUCUCGAGGCGUUCUUGGAUUCGGAUUUCUGUUUACAACCAAAAGGAGAUGGAUUUACGAGGAGAUCCAUGUUUGAUUGCAUGUUGGCAGGUUCGAUUCCAGUGUAUUUUUGGGAAGGGAGUUUUAAGAGUCAAUAUCAAUGGCAUUUGCCUUUGCCAUCAGAGGAUUAUUCAGUAUACAUGGACCAUAAUGAAGUUAGAAAUGACACUUCAAUAGUUAGAAAGGUUCUUGAUAAGUUUACCAAAGAGGAUGUGAAAAGGAUGAGAGAAAUUUUAAUUGAUGCUAUGCCUAAGUAUUUAUAUGCAAGGUCUAAUCAGGGAUUAGGGAGUAGUAAUGAUGCUUUUGAUAUUGCUAUUAAUGAAGUUUUGAGAAGAUUCAAGCAGCAAAGUGAACAACGACAAUAACAAAUCUUGGAGAAAACAAGAAAAGAUGAAAAAUCUAUAGAAUAAAGCAAGAAGAAGGUACUUUUUUCCUUCCCACUCCAGAUUGUGCAUGUUGGAUUGAUUCUCAAUUUACAUUUAACUAUUCCCUCAAAGCCAAAAGAAGAGAGGACUUUUGAAGUUGUUAUUGUCUUUGAGGCGGUAACUGAAGUUCUUGUAUUUGGAGAAGAAUUUACCACCCAUCGAGUCUUAUCUAUUCUUAUCUUUGUUAUUAAGUCCAUUAUUAGUUUUCGGUGUGUGAAUGACACUUCUAAUAGGAUUUUCUCCAUUGUCAUGCUGCAUCCCCUCAUUCUUUUACUUUAAAGCAAUUAUUUUGUUGUUUUGUUUAUCAUAAAUUAAAAGGGAGCAGCAUAAUUAAUCAGAGAAAUGAAGAUGUUAGCUCAAUAAGAAAUUGUAGCAUUAGUAGUUAAUUUUAAUCAUUGAUAUAAACCCCUUUAAUUCCUUACAUGUAAAUUUUCAUCAUUGAUAUAAAUGUUACAUGAUACUUUGUUGAGUG